AUGUGAACUCCUGAGUGGAAACCCAUCUCAGGCGUCCAUGAUGAUGAAGAGUGCUCUGUCUGUGUUGCUGCUGCUGCUGUUCUGCUCUCUGUGUGGGGCACAGGGCCUGGGUGAGCGUGGAGACUUCCAGGAGGCUCGCGCCCUACAGCAGGGCAGCGAGGCCAAAGAGGCGAGUGUGAGAGAGAGAAGGGAUGCAGCAGAGGACACAGAGCUGAAUGACGCCUUGAAGAGCUUUAUCAGGAGCCAAAUGGAGAAUCAGAGGACGACAGAGAAAGUAGCGUUUGGAGCAGCACUGGGACCUCAUGGAAAUCAGGGUCCAUAUAACACUGAGAUUACCCUGGUUUACAAGGUCGUUUUUGCCAAUGCUGGGAAUGCCUACAACCCGGCUACAGGUAUCUUCACUGCACCAGUGAAAGGAGUCUACUACUUCAGCUUCUCUGGUCAUAAUGGCUCCAGCAGGUCCAUGGGUCUCAGACUAAUGAAGAACGGCCAUCAGAUGGUGACAGUGUACAAUCAUGCUGCAGGUAAUCGCUAUGAGACAGCAACCAAUGGGAUGAACCUGCAGCUAGAGAUGGGAGACCACGUGUACAUGCGGCUUAGGGCAAACACCUGGAUUGUUGACAAUAUCAAUCACCACAGCACUUUCAUUGGCCAUUUGCUGUUUCCACUGUAAAAUGGCAAUGUCUGCUCUUUUGAUGUCUUCACUCUGUUUCUGGUGUGUGGGGUUAACAUGAUCUAAUUGAAUCAGUAGUUCUAUGGUAAAUCAGUAAGGAUAAAUUAUAUGAAUGAUUACAGACUGUAGGCCUCUCUUAUAGUUCAGCAUGUCACUGCAAUAAAGAUGCUGUAUGAAUAGUUAACUAUUUGAAAACCAGCAAAAUUUCAUACUUUACACUCCAAACAAGCUGGUAGCAAUGUAUCACCAAAAUGUUUGGUUACAUUUGUGUUUUGAAAAAAAAAGAAAAAUCUUUAUAUUCUGUUGCCAUUAUAAUGAAAUUCUGAAUGUUUCGUUAAAAAAAACUUCAUAUAACAUCCUCAUGUUAUUGUUGUUUGAACUGAACAAAUGUAUCAAAAAAAUCCUGAAGACAUUAUUUA